GGUUGCUGCAGCCGCCUGCCAGUCCAGACUCGGGGUUCAGAGGACGGGAUGAAGCUCGGAGCUGCUGGUGGGUGGAAAAGUCCUCCGGUUCCUCCCAGAGGCAUCUCUGUGGACUGAGACCUGCUCCUCCAGCUGCUGUCGGAGUCCCACCUGAAGAACAACGAGAUGAUUCAUCGUGGGAAAGCGCUUCUUUUGGGGGAUUCUGUGGAAUGAGUCGAGCAGGAGCUGAAGGCUGAUCCUGGAUCCACAGGUCGCGACUCCUCGUCGUUCUCGUUGGAUUCUGGAUUUCCCAGAGGCAGACGUCGAAUCACGUGGAGAAAACAUUCCUGGUGAUCUGCGGGGUUUUGCUUCUGCUCGGAUCCGUUUGAUUUUGCACAGCAACAAGUUCUCCAGCUCAGAGUCACUAAACGCGCUGCACUGGACCGGCGGGAUGUGAAGGCGGCGAACGUCACCGUGGCGACGCUCGGGAUGUUUGUGGUGGAAGCUGGAAUCCGCGGCUCUGAUUGGAUGAUUACAGACCGCGCUCGUGGCCGUCUCCUCCUGGUUCUGGUUGCCGGCAGAGUUUGAUCAGAAGGCCUGUGUCAUGAGGACAGUCUCCAUCGCUGAGCGCACAUUCUUGGGUCUUGGAUUACCGACCGCAGGGCAUCAUGGGAGACGUGACAGCAGCCAAUGAAAACUCCCGAUGACAUUCAUUGAGAGACUUCCUGACGCUUUCCUUUCCUUUCUGGUGGAUUAUUUGUUGUAGUGAAGCUAAAACUUCUGCAGAUGUUUGAGGAUCUGAGGCCCGACUCGCCAGUGUUCGGUUGAAUCUUCAGGAUCAUUUUUGCCGCCAUGCUCCCUGCAGGGCCGGCGGCGGGCGGAGGGGGUCGAGGCGGCGGCGGCCUGUGCCUGCUCCGGUGGCUGGGCCUCAGGCUGUGGUCCCGCCGGGGGACCCUGGUCUUCGCUCUGCUCUGGUUCGGGUCCUGGUUGUUCCUGAACGGCCUGGUUCUGGUCCACCGGAGCAUCCUGUCCGACUACUGCACCGACGACAAGAGCAAGAGGAUCCUGCAGAGGCUGUGUCUGGAGUUCGGCGAGGGCUCGGUGAGCGGCGACAUGUGCGAGGACCUGUGUGUGCUCGGCCUGGUCGAGUACAAACGCUGCCUCUACUACGAGAACGGCAAGAAGGUGAUCGAGGCGCGCUGGAGAGGAAACCCCGUCAUCCUCAAGUCCAAGCUGGAGAACUUCUCCUCGUACGAGCCACUGGGGAUCCUGGACUACCAGGACACGGCGGACGAGCUCUCCCCUCUCGACGUGGUCUUCUACGCCACCCUGGAGGUCCGGAACUCGCUGGGGCUGGCCGGGGAGGACGAGGACGAGGACGGAGGCGGCGGCAACGGCUCUCUGGCCAGACUUUGGGGCAAGAAGCUGAAAAGCAGAGAUAAGAGCUACUCCAGGGCAGAGCUGGCCUCGCUCUGGUCGCUGCUGCAGCAGGAGGAGUACACCUUCCUCAGAGUGCUGCAGGACCUCAGCAGCCACGUGGCCAAAGUCCUGGGCUCCUGCGGUCACUUCUACGCCGUGGAGUACCUGUCGGCCGGACACGCCUGGGACCAGAACAUCUUCUCCCUGGACGACGUGGCCGUUCCUGGGCUGCAGGAUCAGAACCAGGCCGGGGCCCGGGGCAGGUGGAGCUCCAGGGAGAUGGUGCACCGCAUCGCGCUCAGCUUCCUGGACAUGGUCUGGCACUUCGACAACGACUUCACCCACAAGCUGCACCUGUGCGACAUCAAGCCGGAGAACUUCGCCAUCAGGAGGGACCUGACGGUGGUGGCCAUCGACGUGGACAUGGCGUUCUUCGAGCCCAAGAUGAGGGACAUCCUGGACCAGAACUGCAGCAGCGACGACGACUGCAACUUCUUCGACUGCUCGUCCAGAUGCGACCCGACGAAGCGCCGCUGCAGCCCGAGACGGCGCAACACCAACCUGCAGGUGAUUUGUGAGAAGAUAUUCCGGCCGUGGUUUUCUCCCACGCUGCUCGGAGCCAAAGCAGGCCUUCCUCUGCAGGUGGAGCUGCAGCGAGCCGUGCAGGAGUGUUCGGAAACAGACCGGAGCCUGGAGGAGGUGGAGGAGGACGGAGGAGGAGGAGGAGGAGGACAGCGCAGGGACGUCCAUCAGCGGCUCCUCAGCAUCCUGAACCGCCUCCUCCAGGAGGGCGGGGCUUCGGCUGAAGGGGGCGGGGCCUGGGAGGGGAAAGAUCACGUCCACACAGCUCUGAACUUCUGAGGAGCUGAAGGACCCAUGAGGACCCUGAAAGAAAGCUUCUCCAGGAGCAACACUCUGAUGUUCGUUGGUUGUUCCCGGGCAGGUGUUGAGACGCCCCCGACUGCUCAUCCAGUGACUCGUUACAGGGUCCAGAGCCACAGUUUGAGCCACCGGGGUGAAGUUAGCAACAAAAAAAUCCACAAAGAGGACUGAGGCUGAUUCCAAAGAAAACAUGGUGAUCUUCCAAAAGUAUGUGGACACAUCAUUCCAACUAGCUCUGCUCAACCUCCUCUGAUUGGCUGAUCCAUAAAAUAUUUAGAAAGAUGACUCUGAUUGAUGUAUUUAGUACUUUAAGAGCUAGUCUUUUGUUAAUUGCCCAUCAAUCUGCACGUUUCCCCCCAGAAUGAAAUUUGAGGCUGUUUGAAGGACAUCAUCUGAGGAACCGUUACAGAUAAAAACCAGUUUUAUUUCUCAUCGUGUCAUUGAUUCAGUAUCGGAUCCAAUAACCUGUUCCUGUGGAUGAGGUGAGAUAUGGCACAAAAUGAGAAGCUGUUGGCUGCGUAGGGGCACCAUGACCAGGUCUCUGUGAUGCCCGAUGACUCCUGGACGUGGUUUUAGAGGUCCAUCACUCCGUCUAUUUAUUAGAAAAGUCAUUCCCAGACUUUCAUCUUUAACAGUUCUGAGACGUUGUCGCUCAAACAGCCUCAAAUUUCAACGUGUGAGAAACAAAGUGGGAGAAUAUUUUUAUUGUGAUCUUGGAAAGUACUUCAUGAAUCAAUCUAAAUAUCCAUCAUUUAUGGUUAAAAAAAGGUUUCAAGCAAAUCUCGUUCCAGGUGCUUGCAGGUAAACGGACGGACGAUCAGGUGGCUGCCAUCCAACCGUCCUGCCGCCGCCUUUACAGCAACGCACGUCAAAUCUGUCACAGUUUGUCAAACACAACAGAGCAGAACCUACAGAACCUCUCCAGGCCACUGCUCAUUAAAGUUAAAGCAGGUUCAGUUCCAACAAAGAGAAAUCUUUGUGGCCGACCUUGAGCUCACCUCCUGAACAGACGUGAUCCUUUUGGACUUCAUCCCAGCGAGCGGCUCUUCCACUGCAGGAACUCGUGGUGCAUUUAAGGGCAGCUGGAACUCUGCACGACGUCAAGAACCGUCCCCGUAGAACUUCAUCCAGGAGAACAAAGAACCGGCUGGUGUCCAGGCCUGGUAGCUGAUUGGUUAAACCUCCCAACCCUAAAACCUGCUGCUGGGUUUGAAAGGCAUUUUUCACGGUUACUUCAUUUAUCGGAGGCAGAAACUGUAAAAACAAGAAAAAAAUCAUCCAACGACUCGUCUGUCGUGUGUCGUUCCAGCAGGAAAAUCUCAUUUGAGAACUUGUCUAAAAAAAAAAUAUAUAUAUAUAUAUAUAUAUAUGUAAAAGCAGUUUGCAGUGACCAGAUUCUGUAAAAACCAGGACUUUAUAUUGCAGGAAAACAUGCGACAGGAACAAAAAAUGGGGGACAAGAGGUGUAGUUUUUCUUUCCUCUCAGUAGAAUUCACCAUAAACACAAACACAACAGACCUUCCUGGUUUUGUCGGCUGUAGAACUGGUGUUACGUCCAGCUGCUGUUGCUUGUCGUCGUUUGGUCGAACCCUGAGCUAUCGUCGUGGUUGACGCUGUUGGACGGAAACAGAACGAGCUAAACGGCCGUUUACAGAUCCUGUAAACCUCGAGCCUGAACCGAGUUCCUGCAGUGGAAAGACCUCAAAUAAACCCCAAAACAUCCAGAGCUGGACUGAAGGAGGAGAAAGAAAGAGUCUCAAGUGUCUCCUCCUCAGAGGACUAUGCUGUUGAUCCAGUGCACAUGGAUCCUCUACGAUUCAUCCUUCAUUUACUCGGCCAGUUAGUCUCAGUGAGAUGUUAAAGAUCUUUCUCAUUUGAAGAGAAACUGUAGUAAGUUAAAGUUGUACAUACAUUUGAAAUGCAACAGGUGCAGUUUAACACGUACACAAGAGUGGCGCAUCGGACCGAAGACGAGCAUAGUCGACUGAAAUCGUAGCUGCUUCAACUAAUCCAUGGGAUGAAAACAGACUCAACCUGCAGACUUACUGGUCUGAUGAAUCCUAAACCAACAGAACCAGUAGCAGCAGCAGCAUAUUUAACCAUUUGAACCUGUUUGUUUUAUAGUUCUCAGAUCUCUAGAACUAAUCUUCAGACUGUACAACUAGUGCUCAGAACUGAGUCCAGACCUGGACAACCUAGUCCUUAGACCUCUGUGACUAGUUCCAGACUUAAACAACAGGUCCUCAGACAUUUACAAGUCUUUACAGACAUCUACAACUAGUCCUCUGACUUCUACAAGUAGUAUUCAAACCUCUACAACUAGUUCCACACAUGUAUAACUAGUCCUCAGAACUCUACGACUAGUCCUUAAACCUCUAUGUCUAGUUCCUAAACCUCUACAACUAGUCCUCUGACUUCUACAGCUUGUUCCAGACUUCUACAAGUAGAAUCCAAACCUGUACAACUAGUUCCACACAUGUAUAACUAGUCCUCAGAUCUCUAUGACUAGUCCUUAGACCUCUAUGUCGAACUCCUAAACCUCUACAACUAGUACCUACCGUCUACAACUAGUCCUUGGGCCUCUAUGUCUAGUUCCCAGAUCUCUAGAACUAGUGCCAAUCCUCUACAACUAGUACUCAUUGUCUACAACUAGUCUGUGGACUUUUACAGCUACUUUCAGACCUCUACUAGCCCUCACAUCUACAAUUCGUCCCAGGAACUCGAUAGCUAGUUUGAGAUGUCUGCAAGCAGUCUUCACAUCUGCACAAUUUGUCGCAGCCCUCUACAACUAGUUCUUAGAACUUUGCAACUAGUUAUCAGACCUUUACAACUACUCCUCAAAAGUUUAAAGCUGUUUGCAGUCAUCUACAACUAGCCUUAGACCUCUACAACUAGUUCUCAGACUACAACUAGUACACAUUCUUUAUAAGUAUUUGGAAGACCUUUAUAGCUACUUCCAAAGCUCCACUACUCCUCACACAUCUCCAACCAGUCAUGUACAACUUGUUGCAGAUCCCUACAAUCAGUCCUUAGACCAGUAUGACUAGUUCUCCGACCUAUACAGCCUAGAUGUAGACCUUGACAACUAGUCCCCAAACCUUACUUUCAGAUCUCUCCUAGCCCUUACCAGUUUAUAGGCUAGUUUCAGACAUGUACCAGUAGUCAUCAGACCCGUACAACUUGUUGCAGACCUCAGACUUUUGCAAUGACUUCUAAGACCUUCACAACUCGUCCUCAGAUCUCUACAAUCUGUUCCAGACAUCUACAACCAGUUUUCAGAUCCCAAGAGCUAGUUCCUACACGUCUGAUGAGGGUAAAGGUUUAGUACAUGUUGACCAAGUUGGCCUAUCAGUCUCCAUUAGGAUGGACCAGUCCACAGCUGUAAAAAUGUGGGGGUGUUCACAGGAAGUGUGUUCCUCCUGCUGACAAGUGGGAUGGAAUAAUCCAGGAAAUCUGUUGAUCCGAGGCUUUUCUCCUGAUGGAAGUAACACCUGAGAUUGUCCGACCAAUGAGAAUUUGAUGAGAACAUAGCGACCAACCGAUGGAGCGGUCCACCUUCGCACUACAGAUCUAGUAAAGAGCAUAAGUAAAUAUAGUAAUGACUGAAAACUUUGGUUUAAGACCUAAAGAAACGACUCAGCCUCCCUGUAUUUAGUCAUUCCAGACGGUGGAAGGACUUUGAAGGCAGAUAACUGAUGGACUGAAGCUGCUAAUUUCAUCUGUUUUUGAAAACAAAAUAUUGCAUAGAAUUCUCUCAGUCUGUAUUUAAUUAUUUGUCUGUCCAAUAAAACGCAAUGUACUGAUUCAUGUGACUUUAAAGGAAGAGUUUUGGAAAAUAAAGAGCUUUGCCUUCAUGCUGA